AUGACAUCCACAGCAACCGAUCCAAAAGGUCUCACCAUUCUUGUUAAUCCUAUCGGUUUAGCCCCAUUGUUACUAGGUAGUAUGGGGAUUCUGCAUGAAGCACCUAGCCAAGACGACAAAAAUAAAGGUGCGUACGAAGAAGGAACGCAACUUCUAUGGGGUGUCACUGCGGUAUCGCCAUUUUUAGGGGUCAGGAUACUGUAUGCGGUUAGUAUUAUGAUGCAUAUGCUUAAUGGAACGAGUAAUGGGUUUACGAGGAGUGAGGGGGCGAAAGUGGUACUGGGUGAGAUUCCAGAGCUUGGUGUGGUUGUGGUUUUGUUACCAGAUAUUAUAAGGGCGAGGAGGGAAGGGUAG